GUAGCGUCACGUAAUGAGCGCGACUUGAGGAGGCAGUUGGUCUUCCUCGCACAGAUCUCGGAGCCGCGCUCUGCAGCCUCCUUGCUGCCGCAGCUCCCGACAAAACUGUGGGUGCUCAUCAGCGAUCAUGUGCCCCGGUCCCUGGCUGUCUCAGGGUCUGCUGCUGGAAAUUGGACUUCUUUCCUUCCCCAUCGCUUUUCUCUCUUCGCGUUUUGUGACAGUCGCAUCCGCUGCCUCGUUUUCUUCCUCCUUUUCUGCGUUUUAGCUGCGGCUCAUAUCUCUCCUCGGACGUGCCUGAUAGCUCGAGGGGCCAGCUCUUUGAAGCCAGAGACUGGCAUCUAACACCGGCGAAGACAACCCACCUCUCCUCGCGGACAGGGAGAGCAAAUCAUGGAGCCCAUGCUGGAGUCGUCGCAGAUGGAGAUGUCCCUGCCGUUGCCUACGUUGAGCCCAGCCGUUCCCCCCUACGUUACUUUAGGCCUGACGGUGGUCUACACCAUCUUCUACUCCCUCCUCUUCAUCUUCAUCUAUGUGCAGCUUUGGCUGGUCCUGCGGUACCGACACAAGCGCCUCAGCUACCAGACUGUAUUCCUGUUCCUGUGCCUGCUGUGGUCGGCCCUGCGCACUGUUCUCUUUUCUUUCUACUUCAGGAACUUUGUCACUGCCAACACUUUGGGGCCAUUUCCCUUCUGGCUGCUCUACUGUUUCCCAGUCUGCCUGCAGUUCUUCACACUGUGCCUCAUGAACCUCUACUUUGCACAGGUCAUCUUUAAGGCAAAGUCGAAAUAUGCACCAGAGCUUCUGAGGUACAGGCUGCCCCUGUACCUUAUCUUCCUGUUCAUCAGCCUGGUGUUUUUAGUUGUGAAUUUAGUGUGUGCCCUGCUGGUGAGGAUGUCCUUCGCAGAAGCACACACCAUUGUGUUAGUGAGGGUCGCAAUCAAUGACACACUUUUUGUCCUGUGUGCCAUCUCGCUCUCUUUAUGUCUCUAUAAGAUUGCCAAGAUGUCUUUGGCCAACAUUUACCUGGAAUCCAAGGGGACGUCUGUAUGCCAGGUGACAGUUAUAGGAGCCAUCGUCAUCCUCCUGUACACAUCCAGGGCAUGUUACAACCUGGUUGUGUUGGGACUUUCAAACAAGAGUAUUAACUCAUUCGAUUACGACUGGUACAACGUGUCAGACCAGGCAGAUUUACAGUCGACUCUUGGUGACACUGGCUACAUCGUCUUCGGAGUGAUUUUAUUCAUAUGGGAGCUGCUUCCGACUUCUCUUGUAGUGUUUUUCUUCAGAGUUCGGAAGCCAAACCUGGACAGGAGCAGUUCUGGCCUCCCUGGUCACGUCUUCUCCUCGAGGGCUUAUUUUUUUGACAACCCACGGCGCUACGACAGCGACGAUGAUCUAGCAUGGAGCGUCAUGCCACAGAACAUCCAAGCCAGCUUGGCUGCCGACAGUUACGAGUGGGGGAGCCAAAGCAGCGGCAUUGGUGCCUACAUUGGAGGCGACGACAGUUACAACUUCCCUCCUCCUCCUCCAGAAGAGCUCAGCCAUUACUGAGUGGAGUUCAUAGUGAUUCCUGCUGACCUGUGGCAUUUCUUAUCAUCUGUAUAUUUUUGCACAGUCUGUUACUGACCGAAGCACAUGUGGUUUAAAAGGGGCCCUGAACUUCAUUCAUGGAGAAAAACUAACAGACUUUUCUCUUUGCCAGUAAACAAAGGCCCAGUAAUUGGACAUUAAUUUUGCACAUUCCCUGUACAAAAUAUGCUCCCCUCUUCAGUAUCCUUCAUUGUACAGUUUAUACUGAAUGCAACCUAAUAUAUUUCUUGAAUUUUGUAAUAUGUAGUGUAUUACUGUUUUAUGUACUGUCUAUGAAUGUGUACUUUUUCAUACAGAUGUGUUUAUAUAAGAGAUAUUCAUUUAUUUCAUAUAAAAAAGUUUAAAUACUGUAAAAAAAAUGUUAUAAAUAUUUGAAUGAUAAAUUGAGACUGGUCUUAAGUUAUA